AUGAGGGAUCAAACACUCCAGGUGAUUCUGUCAGUCUUGAUUCUGAACACGCAGUCAGCGCCAGUCGAUGCAUUCCUCUGUGUCUGCUACUUUACCAACUGGGCCAGGUACCGGACUACAGCGGCCAAGUACGACGUGAAAGAUAUAGAUUCGAACCUCUGCACUCACUUGAUCUAUGCCUUUGGGAAACUGGAUCCCACCACUAAACAGCUGACUGCCAGUGACCCUAACGUAGAGGAAGGCCCCAAUGGCAACUUCAGGUACUUCAAUUACCUCAAAGAGCUAAACCCUGCCUUAAAGACACUCAUUUCUAUCGGGGGACAGAACGCGCACAGCGACGGCUUUCUGGCCAUCUCCCAGUCUGAUGCAGUGCUCAACUCCUUCGCCAAAUCCACGGUCCAGUUCCUCAGGAGUCGAGGCUUUGACGGGCUGGACAUUGACUGGGAGUAUCCAGACAACAACACUCGGGCGGUGUUUACCAACAUUCUCAAGACACUGAGGGCAGCUUUCGAUGCGGAAAUCACGAGCUCUAAGCUGCUCCUGACCUUCGCUGGCCCGGCCGGACAAUGGAACAUUGACCCAGGCUUUGACGUUAAAGAAAUCGCCAAGUAUGUGGACUAUGCUAACCUGAUGACCUACGACUACACAGAAGCAAAAGCCACCCUCACAGCCUUCAACAGUCCCCUUUACUCCAGAAACGAUUCAAGAUUUAACCCAACACUAAGCACGAACUGGACAGUUCAUUACUGGAACAGCUUGGGGAUGCCAUUCAACAAAAUCCUUGUGGGUGUCACAGGAGUUGGUCGCAGGAUGGUGCUACAGGACGUCAUGGCUGCUGCGCCUGGCUCUAAUGCGACGGGUGAAGUCAGGAAAGGACCAAACUAUCAGCUAGACAACGGCCUGGCAUACCCUGAGAUUUGCGAGCUGUUAAAGAACACAUCCACAAAAAGAACAUUUGAUCAAGAACAAAAGAAUCCCUAUUUGGUAAACGGGGACAACUGGGUGGGAUACGAGGAUAAGGAGAGUCUUGACAUCAAGCUGCAGUGGAUGACGGGCCUCGGUGUUGCAGGACUGAUGUUUUGGUCGCUGGACCAGGACGAUUUCACUGGUCAGUUUUGCGGAGACGGCAAGUACCCACUGUUGAAUUUAGUGAAGUCCAAGACAGAACCAACAACUACAACACCAACAGCCUUACCAGUGCCACAGACAACAAGCGGUCCGCCAGGGGAGUUUGUCACCGUGUGCUACUUUCCAACAUGGGCGAGGUACAGGGGUAACAUUGCAAAAUUUGAAGUGGCCAAUAUUGACCCUAACAUAUGUACCCACCUUAUCUACGCCUUUGGACGACUGGACCCAGUAUUGCGACAACUGGCGGCCAGUGAGCCACAAGAAGAAGAGGGAGAAGGGAAGCUAUUCAGCCUUUUUAACGGGCUGAAAAGCCGUAACCCUGCACUGAAGACCUUGAUUUCCAUUGGUGGUCAGAACGAUCAUGGGACAGGGUUCAAGGCCGUGGCCGAGACAGACGCCAUACUUGAGAGGUUUGCAGCUACGACUGUGGACUUUUUGAGGGCUCGAGGUUUUGAUGGUCUUGACCUCGACUGGGAGUAUCCUGACGCGGACACCAGGUUCUUGUUCAUUCGGUUGCUACAGGCGUUGAGAAAAGCCUUCGACAAUGACACACGCCAGCCCAGAUUACUGCUCACCUUUGCCGGGGCUGCUGGUCAGUGGAACAUUGACCCGGGAUACGAUGUCCAGGCGAUAGCCAGAUUUGUGGAUUUUGCCAACUUGAUGACUUACGACUACACGGACAAGUGGGCCAGAGUUGCAGCUUUCAACAGUCCCUUAUAUUCCAGGAGUGAUCCGAGAUUCAACCCAACCCUCAGCACG